AUGCCCACCUUGGCGGUAAACAAUUUCAACAUAGUCGUCAGUGUACUGGGCGGAUGGAUCUCACUCUUUGGUCUCGUAUCCUAUCUGUGCAAGGAAAGCUUUUAUCUCUCUGAGGCCUUGAUAUCGCUGCUUGCAGGUGUUGCGUUUUCUCCUCCAGCUGCGAAUCUAGUCCGGCCACUGGAGUAUGCUGGAAGCCAAGAGAAUCUCAAUGCUGUAACGCUGUACUUCUCGCGUCUAGUCCUUGGCGUACAGCUUGUUUUGACUGGUGUCCAGUUACCAAGCCGCUAUCUCAAGAAACAAUGGAAACCAUUGUCGAUCCUGCUUGGCCCGAUCAUGACUGCCAUGUGGAUCUCCACGAGCCUUCUGGUCUGGGCACUUGUUCCACAUCUUCCAUUUCUCCAUGCUUUGGCAAUUGGAUCUUGCGUUACGCCUACUGACCCUAUCCUCUCUAAUGUUAUUGUGAAGGGUAAGUUUGCGGAUCACAACGUACCUAAGGAGCUCCAACAAAUCAUUGUUGCCGAAUCGGGUGCAAACGACGGACUGGGUUAUCCCUUUCUCUUCCUCGCUCUGUAUCUCAUCAAGUAUAUCGGCGAUGGCGGCGUGGCAGAGAAGGGGGGCGGUGGUUUGGCAAUUGGGCUAUGGUUUGGCGAGACAUGGGGCUAUACCAUCAUUCUAAGUGUCAUUUACGGCGCCGCCGUGGGCUGGCUGGCUAAGGAGCUGCUCCAUUGGGCCGAGAAGAACAAGUAUGUGGACCGGGAGAGCUUUCUUGUCUUCGCCAUCUCCUUGGCGCUCUUCAUCACGGGCACAUGCGGCCUCAUUGGAAGCGACGACGUGCUCGCGUGCUUCAUUGCUGGAAAAAACUUUAGUGUUUUCACUUGGGACGAUUGGUUUAGGCUAGAGACCCUGGACGAUUCGCUGCAGCCGACGAUUGACAUGCUGUUGAACGUCUCGAUUUUCAUGUGGUAUGGUACUGUGUGCCCCUGGAACGACUUUCUUCACAAUAGCGUCGUCCCUAUCUACCGACUCAUUCCCUUGGGUAUUCUUAUCCUGCUCUUUCGUCGCCUGCCUUGGAUACUCGCUGUUCACAAAUAUCUUCCGCAGAUAGAGGAGAUUAGGCAUGCCAUUUUCGUGGGCUUCUUCGGUCCGGUCGGUGUCUCUGCGAUCUUCUAUUUGUACAUCACCUUGGAAUUUGUCGAAGGCUUGAAGACCAGCGAUGGCGAGCCACGAGCAGAUGUGUCUGAAUUGGGGGAGGCUGUCACAGUCAUUGUGUGGUUCAUUGCAAUUUGCAGCAUAGUAGGCUACAUCCACGCAUCUCGAGAGUGGAAUGGCAUUGCUAAUACAAUGUGA